CAUCCCUUGACUCCAUGGUAAUCAUUCCCACGCCGCAUAAUGGUAGUAUAUGAGGAAGGCACAAGCAGGGAUGGCCCCAACCAUCUUCUGUUCGUUGACUUGUAAUAUAAAGAUCGUAACCUCCUUUCUACACAGCUUCCAUGACAAUCUCACUCCCCAUCGACGCAAUCAUGGACGACGUCCUCUUCUGCUCUUCCGACAUGCCCGUCUUCGACCUCCUCAGCCACUUCCAAUCCCUCCAUUUCGACCUCUCCAUCCUCCGCGACAAAAUCCAUCAAGUCCAAUGCCUCAUCACCCCCCUCGUAUCCGGCGAUCAAGCCGACGUUAACGCCGUUAUCGCUCCCCGCGCCAACGUUCUCAUUCACGACAUGAUCGUCACUGCCUCCUCCAUCCUCCUAAGUCUCCAGCAGCUGGCGUGCUGCUCCCCGGCGCCGCCCGCUCCGCAACCUCACGAAAAGCAUCACACCGCCCGCGCUGCGGCUGCGAAGCAGCAGCCGAGCCACGACGUGGUCGAGAUGGACGCCGGCGCGCUGUUAGCCAAGUACACGCACUACUGCCAUGUAUGCGGCAAGGGGUUCCGGCGCGACGCAAAUUUAAGAAUGCAUAUGAGAGCGCACGGCGAUGCGUAUAAGACGAGGGAAGCGCUCGCGAAAGGAGGCGGAGGGAUUUUGCAUCAAGGUGAGGAGAGCGGGAGUACUAACAGGAAUAAGUACUCGUGUCCACAAGAAGGGUGCAGGUGGAACUGGAAGCACGCGAAGUUCCAGCCGCUCAAGUCGGUGGCUUGCGCGAAGAAUCAUUAUAAGAGGAGUCACUGUCCGAAGCUGUACGUGUGCAGUCGGUGCGGGAAUAAGGAGUUCUCGGUUCUUUCGGACCUGCGGACGCACGAGAAGCAUUGCGGAAAUCCGAGGUGGCGUUGCUCCUGCGGCACGACUUUCUCGCGCAAAGACAAGCUUUUGGGCCAUGUUGCGUUGUUUGUCGGCCAUGUGCCGGCGCCGGAGGGAGUAGCGUUUGACGUGGGGGAUCAGGAGGGCUUGGAGUGGAUUGCUGGGACUUGAUGAUCUUUAUUUUGCGAAUUGAAGAGGUAAGGAGAUGGAGCCGAGAAUGUGAUUUGUACCAUUUUUAUCGCAAGUAUUAAAUUGGGUUUUGGUUUGGUUAAUUAAUUAGUUAUUAUGUAGGGAAGGAGAUGUCUGAGAAACAUGAAAUGGUUAUUCAAACACUGAUCAAAUCUAUGUAAAUUUACUACUAGAUCUUAUUUAUAGACUUUUCUUGUUUAA